UGACUGUAGCCUGAUAUCUGCUGCGUCGCUCAACAAACUUCAGUCGGAAAAGUUAGAUGAUUGACGGGGCUGCCGACCAAUCAAUGCCCUGGCUUGACAGGAGAGGCGGAGCUAACUGAGUUUUUUUUUCUUUUUUUUUUUCUGCCAAGAGCUGUCAAUAUGGCCACAGCCUCACAUGCCGCCGUAAUGUAACGGCCGUCCCGUAGUCACACAACAGGGACGUCCACGAGCACAUUUGGACAUCCAUCCUCGCGGGAUUUACACGCGCACGACACCUAAAGUAAACGAUGGCUGUAAAGGAGAAGAAAUGGGUGACAGUUGGGGACACAUCCUUACGCAUAUUCAAGUGGGUGCCAGUAACAGAAACAAAGCAGAUAUAUCGCACCAAAUCCACAGGUGGAGAUGCUCGAGGACUGAAAGAUGUGGUCCUGGAAAAUGCUACAUCUUUACUGGAUUUCACUGAUGAAAACAGCAACCAGAGCUUUCUGUCGGAUGUCUACCAGCCUAAAAUGGAUAACAGCAGCAGCACCUCCAGCUCGCAGCAGGUCAGCCCUCCACACACCUCCAGCCUCCGGACUGAGGACUCUCAGCCACCAAUGCUGGGCCAGGAGAGUGUGGAUGAGCCGGUUCAUUUAGGACAGGAGGGGGCUGAUGAGCCUCCCACACUCAUCAAGGAGGAUCUUCUUUCAUCAGGAGCAGUCCGACAGAGCACCCCAGACACACAGGAGGAAUUGGAGGAAUCAGGAGCACCGCCUUUAAAGAAGAUUUGCACAGGAGAAAAUGCUGUUCUGAGAUAGCUCAUUUAUAAUAGUUUCGUCAAAAUACACACACACACACACACAGUACCUGUCCUCAAUCAGAUUAGCUCAAUUUAAAAAUAUAUAUAUUCUAAGGGUUUUCUUGACAUAUUCACGCAACUGUUACAUUUCAGCAAAUGAGGGAAAAAAAAGUAUUUACAGCUCAAACUUUGUUCACUUUUAAAGGUCUUUAAAGUAUGCUGUUAUAAGUGAUUUUUGAAAUGAAUGGUGGGGAAUUGUCCAAACUUUGUGUGGCAAGUCACUGCUGUUGCAGGCGGUGUAUUUCAAAUGCUGUAAAUGUUUUCCUGCAACUGUUUCCAAUUGACUCAUUAUGCAGAUGAGCUUUACGUUUGCAUGUAUCCUAUUGCUUUAUUUUUGAGGUUUACAGGCCAUUUUGAAAAGGUGUUAAAUGUGUAGCUUUAUGCAGAUUGAUGUUUAGAUGUGCCAUUUUUCUAUUAAAUACGAGGCACUUUCUGGAACAGAGUUUCUUUUGGCUUAUCGUAUGCAAGGAAAUGUUUUUUUUUAUAUUUAAAAUAUAAUUUGCCCAUGUUUAUAACUGACGACAUUGUAAACCAUAAUAAAUGCUACUUUCCAA